AUGGAUUUGCCAACCCUUAAAAAGUUGUCCCUAAAUGAUCCGCUGGCCUAUAAAAACGAGAUAUUGUCUAGAUUGGAUUAUUUCUAUGCUAAAUUGGAAACAACCAAGCUUAGGGCCAAUAUUUUUGACCGGGAACUGGCAUCGCUUGCCUCUUUCCUAGCCUUGGUAUCAUACAAACUUGGAUUUGGCGAACAGCUUUGUUCAGCUUUGAUUAGACACUUAAAGGAAGACUUGAAUCAGAAGACUAGGGAUGUACUACUUACUGCUACCUUCACUCUUAGAUCAAAAAAGUCAGUAAAUCUUUCCAUGGUUCUUCCUACAUGGCUCAAAUUAAUCGAGUUGAAGGACAAAAAACAGAGGGAACGGCUACUUAAAUUUCUAAUUAACGACCUAGUGUUAGCCCAUAAGAGAGGAGAAGAACUGAAUGUGGUUAAGAAGUUGUUUUUGGAUAGAUUAAAGGCUUCAAUUACAUCAUCUAGUGGUGAUGUAAUUAGCUCCGGAAAGUUCGUAUUGACACUUAUGAUCAAAUUGUUUCAUAGGGGAAUUUGGAAGGAUCAGAUCACCGCAAACGCAAUGUCAGAGUGUACUUUUGCAGUCGAUAAAAAAAUUGCGGCUGCUGGGUCUAGGUUAGUUCUAGAUAUGUCAUUUAAACCACUUGUCAAUGAAGACGACGUGCCAGUAGUGCCAAUAAGUAUAAUUGAUUAUUUAAGAGAUCCUCACGGAUAUGCCACGACAUUACUUAAACGCUCGUGUGGAGACAAAGUAUCAUUCAAUUUACGUAUAAUGCUGCUUAACGUAUGUACUAGAGUUAUUGGUCACUAUAAACUCAUAAUUCCAAGUGUAUACCCACAAAUAGCGAAAUAUUUAAAUCCAAAACAGCGAAUGGUAACCAACAUUUUGGCAUAUCUGCUACAAGCCACCCAUGAACUAGUGCCACCAGAUAUGUUACACCCUAUAAUGGACAUAUUAUCCAACCAAUUUAUCGCAUAUGACCGUCCAAAUCCAGUCAUACUCACCGGAUUGUAUACAGUUAGAGAACUUAUUAGACGAUCACCACAAUGUUUGAGUGAGUCAAUUAGGGAGUAUAUAAAGGACUUUAUCAAGUAUAGACAUAAAGAGAUUUCAGCAGUUUCCAAGAGUAUUGCUGGGAAAAAUGUAAAAGUUGGGCCAGAAUACGGCCAUGUUGAGGUUCAUAAGGGCGUUGAUGGGGAGGAGCUGCUGUGUGGUAAAAAAUCUAUCAGUUUAACAAGAAUAUUCAACCAAAAGGAUUUUCAAAUCAUUAAGAAAUUGAAGUCAGGUGAGAUGAGGAAGAUGGACGGCAAAAAUACAUCGGAAAAAUGCAGCUAUCAGCCUAAUGGCGAUGAUCAAUCAGUUUAUGAUAAAGAAUGUAAUGAUAGUGAUGUGGAAGAUAAUGAUAAUGACGGGUUAAGCGAGCUCUCAGAUCUACUAUCCUAUAGUGACAAAGAUGAUAAUGAAAUUAGCGAUGAAGAUGAUUAUAUAUGCACAGAACGAAAAUCUGAAGAAGAAAUAUAUUUUGAUUCAUCGGAUGCAUCUAACGAAGUGUCUUCAUAUGAAUCUGGAGGAGAAAUGCCAAUGUUUUGUGUUGACCCAGAAACACUAAAAUUUGGUAACAAAAAAAAUAUUACUCGGGCCGAGAAAAGGGCUGAAAUUGCUAGAAUUAUUGCUGAGAAAAAAUCCACGAGGAAGUUGGCAAUUAGUAAACAUGGGAAGAGACAAAGUCUGUCUAAAAAGGUACAGGCCAGGAACAAACCCAUUAUGAUGGCUAUACAGAGUAAAAGGAUGAAGAAGAAACGGUCUAUGAAUGUAGUCGAGAAGGCUCAAGCACUGAAGAGACAUAUCAAGAAUUUGUCAAAAGGGAGAAUUAACAAAAAAAAACGAAGAGAGUAG